AUGUUCACGGUAGUGUUAUUAGGCCCGCAAACAUCAACGAAAACGAUGAUGCGCUCAAUAUUGGUACUGCUCGGUCUUUCCGCCGUUGCAUUUGCAUGCGAAGACGGCUGGGAGUCAUUUGGUGAAAGUUGCUACAAAUUCGAUAAUACUGAUAGGAACUACGCAGAUUCCGAAGCCUUUUGCCUUGAACAAGGAGGGCAUUUAGUAUCUAUUCAUAGUGACGAUGAGAACAUUUUCGUCGGUGACAAGGCCCGAGAAUUAAGUAUGGGCAAUACCUGGAUAGGACUGGAUGACAAUGACGAAGAAAACGUCUUCUCAUAUCUGGACGGAACGCCAUUCUACAGAGGAGGGUUUACUAGAGGUGAGCCUAACAACUGGGGAGGUAAUCAAGAUUGUUCCUAUUUCCCGUUUAGAGGCACUUAUGGAUGGGAUGACAUGAGAUGCAGCAAUCAGGCAUCUCCACUAUGUGAACGUAAUGGCCCAUGUCCUGAAGAAUGGAUUGUCAGAGAGGAAACCGGGAAUUGUUACAAGUGGUUUACUGAUCGCAUGUCGUAUGAUCAAGCUAAGGCAAGGUGUUUGGAAAACGGGGCCUACUUGGUAUCGAUCACUACCCCUGAAGAAAACAGAUUCGUCAUCGAUGACGUUGCCAUAGCAACAAGUGGAGAGGAAAACGGACCACAGACUUGGAUUGGAUUAGAUGAUGAAACAACUGAAGGUUAUUGGACGCUUGUGGACCCUGAGAGUACCGACUUCCUUGGACGCUUUAGUAGAGGAGAACCAAACAACGCGGGAAGCGGACAGAAUUGUGCAUGGUUCCCAUUCAGAGAAGCCUAUAAGUGGGACGACGUUUCCUGCAAUGCCAACAGAAAAGCCGUCUGUAAGAAACCCAACCCAGAACAUUUAUUCGGCGACCUAACUGAAAAAACCAAAAGUAUCGUUGUGGCUCUGUACAGUGGAUGCAUCAACACAGAGAUACAAGACGACCAAAAUCUUUGCGAAAAAUUAGAGGGCAUAUUUGAUGAACUUGUGGGUGACGAAGAUGAGGAAGAAUAACCUCACGGACAUUGGAAUACUUAAAUGUUGUAGCUAGAUAUAUUAGGCGACGAAUCUAUGUUCAGUUUGAGAAGUUCAACAGUUUCAUGGUCUUCUAGUCUUUAUUAUUUCUUUAAAUUUGUUAUUUAUUUAAAACAUCUGUCCAGUUUAUUAUUGUAUUUGUUUGUUUUUUCCCCCGAAAUAUUUCAUAUAAAGUGUGUACUAUGUAAUUAUGGCAUGAUGACUGACAAACGCCACUCACAUGUCUACUGUCGUGUAGCACCAUGCACAAUAUAAACAAGUUUAUAUAUAUAUUAUAUAUUAUUAUAUAAUUAUAUAUAUAUAUUAUAUGUAUAUAGUAUAUAUAUUAUAUGUAUUAUAUAUAUUAUAUAUUAUAUAUACUGUAUUAUAUAUAGGCCUAUGUUAUAUAUAUAUAUAUAUAUAUAUAUAUAUAUAUAUAUAUAUGUUUUAUAGUACUAUAUUAUGAAUAUGUAUGAUAAAGGGUACGUUAUGUAUUUUUAUCACUUGCUGCAUUUUACAUAAAUUAAAUCCUAUGAAAACCGUUUUGCUUAUUUACACUGAAUCUCAGAAUGUUAAGGCGUUGAGUAGUGCCACCUCAACUGUCUGCUAGGCAUUCAUUAUGUUGACUUUAAGAUGAUGAUUAUUGAACUCCUCGACUGGACAUAAAUCGUAUUAGUCUAAUAUCGUGAUUAUAGACACAAACAUUCUAUUCUUUUUUUGCCUUCUCAAUUCUUUCUUGUUGGAAUUCAUUAAAAAGGUGAAACGGGA